CGGCUCGGCUUCUACGGCCUCGGCACCAUGGGCACUCACAUGGCCGGCCACCUGCACGGGCUCGCCGCGUCCUCCGGCGGUCGCGCCGCCGUCGCCUCGCGCGACGGCGCCAAGGCCGAGGCCUGGGCCGCGGCGCGCGGCGCCGACGUCCGCGGCUCCUUCGCCGAGCUCGCGGAGGCCUGCGACGUCGUCUGCCUGUGCCUGUCGACGACGGACGCCGUCGAGGAGACGCUGCUGGGCUGCGGCGACGCGCUCCGGGACACGCUCGUCGUCGACUGCACGUCCGGCGAACCGGCGCGGACCGCGGCGCUCGGCGCGCGCCUGCGGGAGCGCGGCGCGCGCCUCGUCGAUAGCCCCGUCUCCGGCGGCCCCGCGGGCGCGGAAGCGGGAACGCUCACGUCGAUGAUGGGCGGAAGCGACGCGGACGUCGCGGACGCGCGCGCCGUCGUCGGCUGCUGGUCGAAGAAGACGGUCCACCGCGGCGCGCUCGGCUCCGGCGACGCCGUCAAGAGCGUGAACAACGUCCUCAACACGGCGCACGUGCUCCUGGCGACGGAGGCGGCGCUCGUGCUGCAAAAGUACGGCGUCGACGCGGCCACGGCGCUCGACGUCAUCAACUCGAGAGCUCGGGCGCGAGCCUCCCUGGAGGUCCCGACGCGGCGGCUGCCGGAGCGCGCGCUCAGCCGCGACUUCGGCUUCGGCUUCAAGAUGGGCCUCAUGCGCAAGGACUGCGCCAUCGCGGACGCGCUGGUCGCGGACCUCGCGCCGACGCACGCGCUCAUCCCGGAGGCGACGCGGCUCAUCCGCGCGGCGGAGGCGCGGCUGGGGAGCGACGCGGACUACGCGGCCGUCGCGCGGCUCCUCGAGGCGCUG